AUGGACCACACAUUUCGCUCUAUAAGAAGCCCUUUGGAGCACCAUUUGUAUACUGCUUCAAGGAGGUUCAAAGAUGAGCAAAGAUUCCAUGAGAGCUUCAAAGAAGAAGGUUUCAUGCAGAAGGCUUGGAGGGUACCUCAAAGAGCAAAAAGGAAGACUGUACAUAAUCAGAAGAUGUGUAGUCAUGCUUCUCUGCUGGCACGACUAGCUACAAUCAUUCUCAUCAUCAACAAGUAUCAUUGUUUAACGUUUUUCUUUGCUCAUAUCAUGGAUCAGCUCACUAGAGUCCUCCAAGCCAUGUACUUCCCAUAUAACGCGUUUAAUCUACUAGUGGUGUGUGGUGAGUAUUAUGGGAAUAUGCUUUAUAUAGACCACAUUGGGCUGAAGUAG